CGUCUGACACUAUCCCCGCCCUAAUACGGAAGCGGCGGGGUACUCGGGAUCCGACAGCGGGUGGGUCCAGGCCAUGGGGCAGCCCUGGGCGGUGGGGCGCACGGAGGGGGCGCCCGGGCGGCUGCCCCUCGUGCUCACCGCGUUGUGGGCCGCGGCGGUGGGUCUGGAGCUGGCCUAUGUGCUGGUGCUGGGUCCCGGGCCGCCCCCGCUGGGACCCCUGGCCCGGGCCUUACAGCUGGCGCUGGCCGCGUUCCAGCUGCUUAAUCUGCUGGGCAACGUGGGGCUCUUCCUGCGCUCAGAUCCCAGCAUACGGGGCGUGAUGCUGGCCGGCCGCGGUCUGGGCCAGGGCUGGGCUUACUGCUACCAGUGCCAGAGCCAGGUGCCGCCGCGCAGCGGGCAUUGCUCCGCCUGCCGCAUCUGCAUCCUGCGUCGGGACCACCACUGUCGCCUGCUGGGGCGCUGCGUGGGUUUUCGCAACUACCGGCCCUUCCUGUGCCUGCUGCUUCACGCCGCCGGUGUCCUGCUGCACGUCUCCGUGCUGCUGGGCCCCGCCCUAGCGGCCCUGCUGCGAGCCCAUGCACCCCUCCACACCGCCGCCCUCCUCCUGCUGCCCUGGCUCAUGCUGCUCACAGGCCGCGUGUCCCUGGCGCAGUUCGCCCUGGCCUUCGUGACGGACACGUGUGUGGCAGGUGCGCUGCUGUGCGCGGCCGGGCUGCUCUUCCACGGGAUGCUGCUGCUCCGGGGCCAGACCACCUGGGAGUGGGCUCGCGGCCAGCACGCCUAUGACCUGGGGCCCUGCCGCAACCUGCAGGCGGCCCUGGGGCCCCGCUGGAUUCUGGUCUGGCUUUGGCCCUUCUUGGCCUCCCCAUUGCCUGGGGACGGGAUCACCUUCCAGACCACAGCUGACGCGGGACCCGUGGCUUCCUGACUCCGGGAAGAGCCGAAGCUGAACGGAGCGGGGAGCAGUGAGAGCGGGGCUCAUGAUUCAUUUCGGGCCCAGCCCCAGCCUCGGGUGGAGAGGCGGGUUGGUACUUGACGCCGGCUUUUGGCCACUGCAGCCCCAUCCUUGGCCUUGCCCCUGCCCAGCUUGGGCUCCUAGUAGCCAGGGCUUGGGUCCUACAAUUCUGCCUCUACCAGUGGCCACCGAAUGCAGGGGAGGGUCUGGCAAAGGGCGGCUUUGCCAGCCCGCUACCCCUUUGCCAGGUUAAUAAAGCGCCCACUUGGUCCUUCGACUCCCUCCAUCUUUGUGGGUUUCUGGUCCCUCACUGUUGCCUGGCUGCUCUGACCAUCAUGCCCGGGAACCACAGAAUGCCUGAGCCCGUGAGGGGCCAGGGCUCUGCCUCCUGUGGCCUUGGUGGGGUGGGCAUGGCGGUGCCCACAGGCCAAGGCAGCAGGUAGCGCUCCAGAGCAUGAGAAUGUAAAAUUCUUUCCCAGGUUCAGUGCUUUCCAGUUAGAAGCAUUCCCACCCCACCCGAGUUUCAGUGAACCCGACUCACCCGGGUCACUGGGCAGCUCUGACACAGGUAAAAAGCCUGAAAGCUCUGAGAGUUGCUGUGGUAAGGUCACGGGGUAGUAAGUGGAGGAGUCAGGGUUUGAACCCAGGUCUUUGUGCUUUUUCUCCUUCACCUCUGCACAGCUGAGGGAGGAGACUGGGACAGUUAAGGCAGAGAAACUAGCUGGGGUAUUGAGCAGCUGCUUGGGAACUACUUGUUAAACAUUUUUAUUUAAAUGUAGUAACUCGAGUUGAAUGUGGCAGAUUUGAAUACAUGUGUUUGUCUGUUUCCUCUUAAAAUCUAAAAUGCUAGUGGAAAGAUGAGAAAGAUCCAAGUUUACAA